AUGAUAUGGAAAUUUCAAAAAUGUUUUAUUAGUAGUUGGAUAUCGACCAGGAAAUUAGAACACGAUGAUUUAAACUAUAUUUUAUCUAUAUCCCAAGAGUUGAAGAAAUCUCCUAAAAAACAACGUAAACAUUUUUCGGACUUUAAAGGUGCAAAAAAUGCUAAAAUUGCUUUAAUACUUCAACAACCAAACGUUUACGUUCAAACUCCAGCAAUUUUAGGAUCGAAACUUCUCGAUGUUAAAUUGAACACGAUCAUUGAUCAGCAUUGGGAUGAACAAGAAAAUGUUCAGGAUCUACCAUCAAAUUUCUCAGUGCCAUUAAUUUGUAUACAAAGCUCUUAUUAUAAACUUUUAAAAUGUUUAGCUGAUUUUAUGGCUAUUUCAAACCAUUUUAACGGCUUAAAAGGAGUUAAAUUAUGUUGGAUUGGGCCUCCAACAGCUUUAUUUAACACUUACAUGCUUCUCGGCCCAAAACUUGGCAUGGAUAUUAGUUUUUUCUGCGGUUUUUGUAAAGAUUCGCCGUUAACCCCCGCUGUAUUUAAAGAUGCUAAAGAAAUUUGCGCCACUACGAACACCGCUAUGAAACAAUGUAAUAGUUUAGAAGAAGCUAUAAAAGAUGCGAACGUUGUAGUAACUACAUGUAACAUUGAACCUGAUUUAAAACUUUCAUUGAAAGCUAUAACGAAUGGUUGUAAUAAAAAUUGGCACGUUUUAACUGAUUUACCGAGAUGUACGAACGAAAUGGACGAAGAAGUUUUUGUUCAUCGAAAUUGUUUAGUUUGGGAAGCUAUGGAUAAUAUGAAGUGGGUAUUUUCAGCGUUUUCAAUAAAUGGAAUUCUUGAAAAAAAUAAAAAUAAAUAA